AUGUAUCGAGAUGAAGCAGCAGAAGCAGGAGCAGCAGCAGCAGCACCUGCUGCAGCAACAGCAGCAGCACCUGCUGCAGCAGCAGCGCCAUCAUCAGCAGCAGCACCAUUAGCAGCCGCAGCACCAUCAGCAGCAUCAUCACGAAGCAUUUCGGUUGUAGCAGAGCCUCCUCUCCUUUACCCUCUCUCAUCUGUCUUCUCUAAUUCAACAGCAGACACACAAACACACUCAGACACCAUCCCGCUUGAGAUGCAGCAGGGCACCCAGGGGCCCCCCGGGGGCCCCCCGACUGGGGGUCUCGGGGGCCCUGAGGGGCCCCCCACUGGGGGCUCUGGGGUGUCACCCAGUGGAGGCCCUGGGGGGCCCCCCACUGGGGGCCUGGGGGGCCCCCCCACUGGAGGCCCUGGGGGGCCCCCCACUGGGGGCUCUGGGGGUCCUGGAUUGCCCCUGAGUGGGGGCCCACGGGGGCCCCUUAUUGGGAGCUCUGGGGGCUCUGGGGGGCCCCUUAUUGGGAGCUCUGGGGGCCCUCGGGGGCCCCUGAUUGGGGGCGUUGAGGGCCCUGGGGGCCCCCUUAUUGUGGGUGAUGUUGGCUCUUGCAGUGCCGGUUGGGGGCCGCUGCUGCAGCAGCAGCAGCAGCAGCAGCAGGAACAGGAACAACACCAGAAGCAGAUGCUUCUUCUUUAG